AUGCGCUCACCGGAGAAGGUACGCGCUUCUGCUACAGUCUUUGUUGCGGUCGUACUCCCAGCAACUUGGUACACUCCCAAUGGCGGAGUCGGGGCCUGCGGUGCACCCAUGCAGAACUCUGACCACAUCGUCGCGCUCUCCAGCGACCAAUACGCUGGAGGGGCGCACUGCUGGAAGCACAUCGGUGUACACUACAAGGGCAAGUUUGUAGACGCUACCAUUGGGGACCUUUGCCCUGGCUGUGGUCAUAAUGGGAUUGACCUUUCGCCAUCCGCAUUCGAGAAGCUCGCUCCUCUCGAUGACAGCCAUAUCCAGGUUAUCUGGAACUACGAGUAG